UUAAAAGCGUAGAAACACAUUUUGACAAGCAAAUAGUUCAAUUAUAAUUGAAAGCAAGUAAGCGACCGGAAAUAAACAGCUUAGAACGCCGCAACGCAAAACAAAAAAAAAAAAAAAGAAAAUACGGGAACGGCAUUAAGUGUACUAACAGCAGCUAUUCUUCAAAGAGUAGACAAACAACAGCGUAGCAGCGAACAUACAACAAAAGCGACAACUAAUUAAGUCAAAUAAUCCAAUCAGCAAAGCAGACAUUGCGCAUUAAACUAAACAAGAACGAACGCGUCGCCUCACCGCGCCGCGUCUUACAACGCAUUAAAUUCUCUACCACUCCGCGUUAACCGCUGCGCCACGCGCGCUAAUAUUCUCAAUAAAAAAUGUGCAAAACGCCCAGUUCACGUCUGCUGUUGCGGCUCAUAACCGAUGUUGUGAUUUUAAUUGCGCUCUGCUGCGUCGCGCUCAUUGCGCUGCCCAAACUAUUGCCCACCACACGCCGCGGUUUCUUCUGCAGCGACGCAACGCUGCGCUACCCUUACACCGCUUCGCUGCUUAGUCGCGUACACAUUACAAUUGCGGUGAUCGCCUUACCCGCUGCCAUUAUGUUGGUGGUGGAGAUGUUGUGGGCGGCCGUGCGCGCUUCAGGUAAAUCCGAGACAAGCGUGCGCACGAAGCGCGCUGGCGUGCAGCAAUUUGUAUUCGUUGGCGUCAACAUACCGACCUUCGUGAGCGAGUGCUACAAGAUUGUUGGCAUCUAUUUCUUUGGUUUGGCGCUCGUGCUGAUAGCUGCGCGCGCUACGAAAAACUUUGUCGGUCGCUUGCGCCCUUAUUUCUUUGACGUCUGCCAGCCGCAGUUGCUGGAGACGCUGGGCGGUGGUUUGGCUUGUGAGCGGCUUGAAGCGCCGUAUGCGCAAAACGUCACCAGGGGUUAUAUUGAGGAUUAUGAGUGUUAUGAGUUGGCCGCCUCGGCGGAGUUGUUGGCUAUGGCGCGGCAAUCCUUCCCCAGCAGCUACACAGCUACGGUCUUUUAUGCCAUGUGCUUUAUUGUGUUUUAUCUGCAAGCGCGUUUGGCUGCGCGCGCGCUACUGGUGUUGAGAACUUUGUUGCAAUUCGGUUUGCUGAUUUUGGCCGCGCUGGUCGCAAUUGAGCGUUUCUAUACGCACCAGAAUCAUGCGACCGACUUAUUGGCGGGUGCGGGCUUGGGCUUUUUUGUGGCAGCCUUUAACACAGUGGCCGUGGCAGAUGUCUUCAAGAGUUUGCCUGUGAAAAAACGCAAGCCACGCGACGAUGCUACGCGCAUUUAUGGAUACUAUGGUGUUAAUCGCAUUGCGAAAUAUUAUUGAUGAAUUUAGGUUUAUUAAUGCUUUGUUAAUUUAA